UUUUGUAUGAAUUAUAGAGCGGCAAAUCGUCCAAAAUUUCAACAUGAAUCUAUUGAAGCGCCUCCUGCUCCUCGCAGCCUUGUUCAUCAGAUGUUAUGGCGCAGCGGGCGAAGGCUACAGCGCCAUCCUGAAAGUUGAGGAGAACGAAGUAGACCUGGUCAAGGGGGAGAGCACAGUCAUUCUCUUCACCAUCAGCGGGAAUCUGACGACCAGCGCGCUGCUGCAGUUGAGGAUGACGGGCGACACUGCAGUCUUAGAGCCUUUCGCCCAAACGAACUACACCGUCGAGCCGUUUCAGGGCGAACUGUCGCACAACGUCACGCUCGAGACAAUCAAAGAGGGAAAAUUAACGUUAUACGUCGACACUGAAUCAGCAGAACUCGAUGUGAGUGAGGCGUUCGUGGUGCUGUCAGUGAUGAAGGACCCAGCAAUCGAGACCGCCGCCAUGGUGCUGGGCUGGAUCUCUACCAUCGCCUGGGACGUCAGCUUCUUGCCGCAGAUUUGGCACAACUUCCGCAGGAACAGUGUCGCUGGCCUGAGUUUUGACUUCCUGACGUUCAAUUUGAUUGGCUUCUCCUUCUACCUGAUGUUCAACAUUGGGAUGUACUGGAUCCCUGGCAUUAAGGCUGAGUUCAAACUGCGCCAUCCCAACGAGAUCAACCACGUGCGUCUCAAUGAUGUCAUCUUCCCGCUCUAUGCCGUCAUUUGUACACUAGUGACGAUUGUGCAGUGCAUCUUCUACCCCAAAUUGGAAGGACAAAAAGUAUCGUGGCCAUGCCGGAUCAUCAGCGCACUGCUCAUUUUGCUCGUCCUCAUCGCUUGCAUUUUGGUGCCGACUGUGGAGAAGGUUUUGUGGAUCGACGUCCUCUACCUCAUGUCUUACGUCAAGCUCUUCAUCUCCAUGAUCAAAUAUACACCACAGCUUUACACGAACUACAAACACAAGAGCACGGCAGGCUGGAGCAUCUUCCAGGUGAUAUUGGACUUCAGCGGUGGCGUCUGCUCCCUCAUUCAGAUGUUCAUGCUGGCUGACAACUACGAUGACAUAAACUCGGUGCUGUCAGACCCCACAAAGCUCGGGCUGGGACUGCUCUCAAUAUUCUUCAACAUUUUCUUCUUUAUUCAACAUUACUGGCUUUACAAGGACGCACCCGAUGACGCCGUUACAGGAUCAACACCGAACAUCACCGGCAAGCCUUACAAGGGAGAAGACGCCAUGUAGAUUAUCUUGCUACUCAAGUAACAGCUGCCCAGAAUUAAGGGUCGGUGAUAAGGCUUAGGAUUCAUUCCGUAUUACGCUAUGCGCUCUGUAUAAUUGUAAUUUAACCUCAACGUACGACUUUGUAUAAGUUUAGCGGUAAGUUUGCCGUGAUGAGUUAUUUAACAAUGUGAGAACUGAUGUAAAAAAAAAGAAUCCAAACGACUUUAAACAUCCUGAUCGUCAUCCCCCAUACAAUAUAUUAGUUCAUCCCGAUUUUUUUCUCUGUAGAAAAAAAGCCAGCUUCGCUACAACUACGGCAAGUCCGAAAAACUGCAGCCAAUUAAUGAAGCUUUGAGUAAAACUUCUGCCAAAAACCACUACACGUAUUUUUUUACAUUAAAUUCUUCUCGCAUACAAGUGUUUUCGGCCCGCGGGUUCUUUCCGGGACGCUGCAUUUGCAAUUGAUCGGAUCAAAAGCAGAUUUCACAUCGUCAAUUAAUUUUGUGUUGGUUUUGUUCAAACUUAAGCACUUAAGUCACCAAAGAGAAUUAUGAUGGAACAUCAAAUCUAAACUUUGUAAUAAACUUUAUAUGGGUAGCCUGGUGUUGGCAAAUUUGAAAAAGUGCAGAAAAUUUGCCGCAUGCUAGAAUUUGUCGCAUGUCCGAAAUAUUUAUAUAUUAGAAUAAAUCUUUCUUUAGUCAUCAUCGUAACGAGAUAAUAUGUGCUGUCAUAUAAAGCAUAUUGCAUUCAGUACUUUAAGUAUGAUACCAAAUUGGUUGAGACGUUCAAUGGCCGCUGUGUUGUGCUUUCAAGAAGUAGGACCUACAAUAUACAUUUUACAACUGUACACAAGGUUCAUUUGUCUCGAUCGUCGGGUUCCAAGCUCCUUGUCCGGUCAAUUGGCCAUAAAACAGUCCUCGGCAUUAAUUUUGAAUUAAUUUCGACAACCAUGAUAUUGAGGAUAUUUGUAAAUUUUCAGUUUAGUGAAUCAGUUUUUAUCAGACUUUGUUUAGCAAUCAUGCUAAGAUCUUUCAUCCAUCGGCACGAAAAGUUCCAGUACACAGUAGCGAAGUACGAGUACAAAAUGGAAUAUCGUAAGGUAAAAUGCUUCUAUUUAAAUUUUAAUGUUUUGAAAUAACUAAAAAAAUAGCUCAAUUAAAAAAAAGUUAUUUUUUCAUAGUGUGCCAAAGAGACCGACAGACAUUUUUGUGAAAGGUGCGAUUUAAGCAUGAUUAUGUCUAUGAAUAUUGUCUCAGAAACCGCAGGACGAUAACCUUCAAGAUUUUUCUUAUACUUUUUUUGCACUUUGGCCUUUAAUUUCAUUAGAUUUAAGCAUAAUUCUUGCAAAUUUAAAGCAUUCCGAGUAAGGUAUACCAAAUUUCGAUGUAAUAUUUUGAUACCGUUUCGGAACGUUGAGCCAACAUGCACUCAUAGGCUAACCCUUCGUAAAAUGGAUAGAUAAUAAUUAAAGACUGCCAUUUCUUUCAAACGUUUCUGACGGUAAAUUCCAUCACAAUUUUUGAGUUUGCAUUGCUCUAUCUCGUGACUUAGAGAGUACGACCUCUUCUAUCCCCGUGAUCCUACGCGAGAAUCAACGAGUAGCUGCCCCAAUAAGUGACAUUAAUUUGGCGUGUUACAGAAUUACAGAAAAUGAUAGAUAUCAUAAUGUGUCACAUUGAUUAACGAAGCUUUGAAGUUAUUCAAUCAUUUUUUCCAGUAUGAGUUCAAGUUAUAUUGUAUUAUAAGCACGCUCUCAUCCUCGUCACGCUGUAUAAUCUUGUAUGCCAGCUUUCUUGUGUGGCACAAUUGUUAAUAGGAUAAACCGUCGACCAUAAAAUUCCAUGGAUUGCUUAUAGUGCGGCAAUAACUAAGAAGCGUCUCAAUGAAAAACAGAUUAUAAAAGCCAUUAUGCCAAUAUUUCAUAAUAAUCAUUUCGGCAUUACUCAAAACGCGCGGCUCAACAUUUUUUAACAAAACGGAUUCAUGGCACUUGAAACUACCGCAGUAGGUUCUUAUUGCACUGCAGAACGAUUCAUACUGAACUUACUAAAAACUUACUAAUUAUUUUUAGCAUACAGAAUUAUUCAUUAAUUCAACUGCGAUUUAUCAGCCAUCAACGGGUAUUUAUCAAUUCAGGAGCGAUCCAUUCCAUCAACUGUGAUUUAUCAAAUAAUCUGUGAUUUGUCAACCAUCAGAUGUGAUUUAUUAUUUUAACAACGAUUCAUCAACCAUGAGAAGUGAUUUAUCAAUCCGUGAAGAGACUCGCGUUUGCAUUAAUAAUUUAGGCUGUGUAAGACAGAUUUAUCGAUUGACGCCUCAACUGUUUAAAAAUCUAAUGGCAUAUCUCUCAAUGCUGUAGCUUGAAAAUCAUAGGAGGAGAUAGAUUUCUAAGAUGGCGCAUUAGGAAAAUUCAAUUGUUCAGGUGAGCCAAAUAGGUCAAAUUUAUUGAAAAAAAGAUAAUGUGCCAAAAAAU